AUCGCUGGCGUGGCUGUCGGGUUUGGAACCCCAGCGCCGACCCUCGCCCUCGACAUCCGAAGCUGAGUCGCUGGCGCAGCCUUUGCCCCGCAUCAAUCAUUAACGGGCCAGCUCGCCUGCUGCAGCCCAAGGAGGGGGGAUGGAACGUCUGCUUAGAGGCUUAGGUCUUCUCUUGAACCUGCAGCGACGCCCCGGGGCGAGCACAAAGACUCCGACGGCAGCCGGCGGGACUGCGGAGUGCGCGGACGCAGGCGCCAGAGGUCGCCUGUUUGCAAGAGCCCGCGCCAGAGGUCGCCUGCUGGCGUCCUAGCCAAGCCCGGGGCACCAUGCUGCGACGCCUGCAGCCCCGGAGCGCGGGCACAAAAGGCCCACGGGCCACGACCGAGGCGGCUUUGGAGGCCGCCUCGCGCCCCCAUCCCUCAGCCUCCAGGGACUCUCCGGCCUCCGCCAAGCCGCUGCUGCGCUGGGACGAGGUGCCCGACGACUUCGUGGAGUGCUUCAUACUAUCAGGCUACCGGCGGCUGCCCUGCACGGUGCAGGAGUGCCUAGCCUCGGUGCUGAAGCCCACCAACGAGACUCUCAACUUCUGGACGCACUUCAUCCCCCUUCUGCUGUUCCUAAGCAAGUUCUGCCGCCUGUUCUUUCUGAGCGGCCGGGAUGUGCCCUUCCACCACCCCUGGCUGCUGCCGCUGUGGUGCUACGCGUCGGGCGUGCUGCUGACCUUUGCCAUGAGCUGCACAGCGCACGUGUUCAGCUGCCUGUCGCUGCGCCUGCGAGCCGCCUUCUUCUACCUGGACUAUGCUUCCAUCAGCUACUACGGCUUCGGUAGCACGGUGGCCUACUACUACUACCUUCUGCCGGGCCUCAGCUUGUUGGACGCCAGAGUGAUGACCCCUUAUGUGCAGCAGCGCUUGGGCUGGCAUGUGGACUGCACGCGCCUCAUCGCCGCCUACCGUGCGCUUGUGCUGCCUGUGGCCUUCGUGCUGGCAGUGGCCUGCACCGUGGCCUGCUGCAAGAGCCGCACAGACUGGUGCUCUUACCCGUUCGCAUUGCGCACCUUCGUCUUCGUCAUGCCGCUCAGCAUGGCCUGCCCCAUCAUGCUUGAGAGCUGGCUCUUUGAUCUGCGAGGCGAGAACCCCACGCUCUUCGUGCACUUCUACCGCCGCUACUUCUGGCUGGUGGUGGCUGCCUUCUUCAAUGUGAGCAAGAUCCCCGAGCGCAUCCAACCUGGCCUCUUUGACAUCAUAGGCCACAGUCACCAGCUCUUCCACAUCUUCACUUUCCUCAGCAUCUACGACCAGGUGUACUACGUCGAGGAGGGCCUGCGCCAAUUCCUCAAGGCGCCGCCUGCUGCUCCCACCUUUUCGGGCACCGUGGGCUACAUGCUGCUGCUGGUCGUCUGUUUGGGGCUGGUCAUCAAGAAGUUCCUGAACAGCUCCGAAUUCAGCAGUAAAAAGUGAGCCUCUGCCUUGCAGGAGGCUGCUGGUUUGCACCUGUUUGUGCUUUCUGUUUUUACUGUUGUUGGUUUGUUUUCCAGUUUUGUUGUUUCCUUCUUUGCUCAAGGAGGGUGCUGCAGAGCCACAGGGGAAAAGUCCAAUAUGACGGGGGUGGGGUGGGGGGUGGGGAUCCAGUGCACUUGGGGCUUUGGAUGAGGGAAGUGGGUCAAGCAGGAGGGGGAGGGCCACUGGUUUUUGCCCAUGGACAAAAUUCAGGUGGUGUCUGUGACAUCCAGGGAGUUUUUGAAGGCAGCGAAUAAAAUCCCAAAUAAAACCCAAAACAGUUAUAUUUUCCAGUCGUCUUCUGUGCCAGCGGUAAUAAUACGUAGCCCGUGUGAGGUCAGGUAUGCAUUUAAGAGGGUAAGUAGACAAAAUCCCUGGAUACUUCCA